AUGGGCAUCCGUAUUAUGGUCAAAGGUGGGGUUUGGAAAAACAGUGAAGAUGAGAUUCUGAAGGCCGCGGUCAUGAAAUAUGGCCUGAAUCAAUGGCCUCGCGUCGCGUCGUUGCUCAAUCGCAAGUCCGCAGCUCAAUGCAAGGCGCGGUGGUACGAAUGGUUGGAUCCGUCCAUCAAAAAAACGGAGUGGACGCGCGAAGAAGAAGAGAAACUUCUGCACUUGGCCAAGAUCCUGCCUGCGCAAUGGCGGACCAUCGCCCCCAUCGUGGGCCGGACGCCUGCGCAGUGCCUGGAACACUACGAGCGUCUCUUAGAUGCUGCCCAGCAGAAGACGGGGGAUAUGGACGCAGGGGAGAUCAAGGACGAUCCUCGGAAGCUCCGCCCGGGAGAAAUUGACACGGCGCCUGAGACAAAGCCGGCACGACCGGACCCGAUCGACAUGGACGAGGACGAGAAGGAAAUGCUUUCGGAAGCCCGGGCGCGCCUCGCCAACACCAAAGGGAAAAAGGCGAAACGAAAGGCGCGCGAGAAGAUGUUGAUGGAGGCGAAGCGAUUAGCAUCGCUGCAGAAGCGGCGAGAGCUGAAAGCGGCUGGUUUGGAAUUGAAAAUGCGUGAGAAGAAGCGUAAGUACAUUGACUACGGGCGUGAGAUCCCUUUCCAGCGCACGGCGCCCGCCGGCUUUUACGCGACAGGGGCGGAGAAAUUGGAGGGCGAGAAGCAGGCUCUGGACCCGCGAUUUGAGGCGCUGCGUGUAGAUAAGAUGGAGGACGAGCGCAGGGACGAGGAGGAGUCCCGGCUUCGGAACCAAGACAAGAAACGGCACAAGAAGCUCGUGCAGGAGAACCUGCCUCAGAUGGUGCAAGCGCUCAAUCAGUUGAACGACCCGGCUUCGAUCCGACGGCGCGUCCCACUCUCCCUCCCGGCCCCCCAAGUGACGGACAGGGACCUGGAAGAGAUCGUGAAGGUGGGGGCGCAGGCGGCCGCCGGUGGGGGGGGGGGAGGGGCGACGGCGGGGCUUUUGGGGGACUACCGGGACCGGGCUACCCCGUUGGCCACGCCCAUGCGGACACCGAGCACGGCCCCGGGGCAGGAUGUGGUCAUGCAGGAGGCGAGGAACUUGCUGGCGAUGCGGGCGGCCGAGACCCCGCUUCAGGGGGGGGAGGCGGUUAUGAGCCGGUUGGAGGGAGGGACGGGUUUUGAGGGGCACGAGCCGCGGGGUUUAGGUGGUGGAGGCAUGACUCCCGGGGGCGGAAUGACGCCGAUGACGGCGAGGAACGAGGAGGGGGGGCGGACGCCGCUCUCGUCGGGACGGGUGGGCGGGUCCUCGGUGGCUUCGAUCAAGUCCCGGGCCCACGCGGCCGGUGGGGCGACGCCGAUGCGAGACGAGUUGGGGUUGAAUCAAAUGGGGGGCUCGGAGGAGCAGCAGCAGUUGAUGGUGAUGAGUGAGAAGCGCCGGCAGAAGGCGCUCCGGGCUCAGCUGGCGGAGGGCUUGAGGAGCUUGCCGGAGGCCCAGUACACGUACGAGAUCUCGGUGCCGACGAUGGAGGAGGAGGAGGAGAGAGUGACGGACGUGGGGAAGGAGGAGGACGCGGCGGACCGGGACGCGCGCAUGGCGGCCAAGAAAUUGGCGGUGGAAGAAGCGGAGCUGGCACGACGGUCCGCGGUCUUGAAGCGGGGGCUGCCCCGGCCACGAAUUGUGGACCCGGACAUGUUCGCAUCUCGGGUCCGGGCCGCGACAGCCGAGGCUGACGAGAUAGCGGCCGCGGACGCGAUGGUGCAGCAAGAAUUGUUGGCUGUGUUGCGCGCGGAGGCGGCCAAGUAUCCGGUCAGAGAGGCGGGGGGGAAAGGAAAUGGAAGAAGCAGUAAGGGAACAGACGGGGACAGGGGGGUCCUUCCCAUCAUACCACCGCAAAUGUUGAGCACUGCGCGUGAUCUUGUGGCAGAAGAAGCGGCGAAGCUCCGAAAGGCAGUUGAUUCUUACGGAGGGGAGGGUGGAAGCGAGGAAAGUGGAAAGGGCGAAGGGGCGGGUGUCGACUCGCAGGGGGACAUGUGCCCAGUGGCAUUGGAGCGAGACUGGCUGAAAGGAUACAACGAUCUUGCGUACUUUCCUGGCCGCCAGGCAUUUGGGAGGCUGACAGGCGCCAGCAAGCAGGAUCGGCUGGCCGCAGUUGUCCACGAAUUCAAUACCUUGGCCGGUCACGUGGAGAAGGUUGGGAAAAGGGCGAGCAAACUCGAUACACGCUUAAAUCUGGCCACUGGUGGCUAUGUGAAACGCGCAACAGCGUUGUUGCACGGUGUGAGCGAGGCCCUAGACCAGAUAGAUGAGAUGCGUUUGGAGGUGGGAUGUUUUCGCAGGCUGAAGGCCAUGGAAGAGAAGGCGCUUGUGACACGCGUGGCCGAGGUAAAUGCGCAGGCAGACAGUGUGGCCAAGCGGGAAGAGCAAUUGCAGCUGUCUUACGUGGAGUUGCUCGACGAAAGGGAUCGAUUGUUUGGAGUGCUUCAUGGGCACGAAGGCGAGGAAGAUAGAGGGGAGGAGCACAAUGGUUUGAACGGCAAAGUGACAGUGGCGGAAGAGUGA